UCCCCCUCGGGCCCCGGGUCCUGGGGUUGGCCCGGUGCUGGCGGAAUGACGGGAGACAUGGCCCGGGCGCGAGGCGUGGGGUGAGCCCUGGGCGCACGGGCGCGUCCGUGGCAACGCCUGGAAGGGACCCGAGGCCCUUCUUGUGGAGUCCCCACCGAGGGAAAUAAGGGGCGCCUGUCAGGGUACUCGGGAGACCCCAAGACCUCCUAAAAAACGUAGCUCACUGGGCAUGGCUUGGGACGCAGGGAAGCCCGCAAAGGCCUGGAAGGAUGCGAGGCUCCCGCUCUCCACCACAAGCAACGAAGCCUGCAAGCUGUUUGACGCCACGCUGACCCAGUAUGUAAAAUGGACCAAUGACAAGAGUCUUGGUGGCAUCGAGGGCUGCCUGUCAAAGCUCAAAGCAGCAGAUCCGACCUUCGCGAUGGGCCACGCCAUCUCUACUGGCCUUGUGCUGAUUGGCACUGGAAGCUCCGUGAAGCUGGACAAAGAGCUGGAGCUGGCGGUGAAGACAAUGGUGGAGAUUUCAAGAACCCAGCCCCUGACAAGGCGGGAGCAGCUGCACGUGUCUGCAGUAGAGACAUUUGCCAAUGGGAACUUUCCGAAAGCCUGUGAACUAUGGGAGCAGAUUCUCCAGGACCACCCGACAGACAUGUUGGCCCUGAAAUUUUCCCAUGAUGCUUAUUUUUACCUGGGCUAUCAGGAACAGAUGCGAGAUUCUGUUGCUCGAAUUUACCCCUUCUGGACACCUGACAUCCCCCUAAGCAGCUAUGUGAAAGGCAUCUACUCUUUUGGCUUGAUGGAAACCAACUUCUACGACCAGGCAGAAAAACUCGCCAAAGAGGCUUUAUCUAUUAAUCCGACAGAUGCAUGGUCGGUGCACACCAUCGCUCACAUCCACGAGAUGAAAGCAGAGAUCAAGGAUGGGUUGGAAUUCAUGCAGCACUCAGAGACCCUCUGGAAGGACUCUGAUAUGUUGGCUUGUCAUAACUAUUGGCACUGGGCUUUAUAUCUGAUUGAGAAGGGCGAAUAUGAGGCCGCACUGACCAUCUACGAUACCCACAUCCUUCCUAGCCUGCAGGCCAGCGGUGCAAUGCUGGACGUGGUGGACAGCUGCUCCAUGCUCUACCGCCUGCAGAUGGAAGGGGUGUCUGUGGGCCAGCGGUGGCAGGAUGUCCUGCCUGUGACCCGGAAGCACAGCCGAGACCACAUCCUGCUGUUCAAUGACGCACACUUCCUGAUGGCAUCCCUGGGUGCACACGACCCCCAGACCACACAGGAGCUGCUGACCACCCUGCGGGACGCCAGCGAAUCCCCAGGGGAGAACUGCCAGCACCGCCUGGCCCGAGACGUGGGGCUGCCCCUGUGCCAGGCCCUGGUGGAGGCUGAGGACGGGAACCCUGACCGCGUCCUGGAGCUGCUUCUGCCCAUCCGCUACCGGAUCGUCCAGCUCGGUGGGAGCAAUGCCCAGAGAGACGUCUUCAACCAGCUGCUGAUUCACGCGGCCUUAAACUGCACCUCCAGCGUCCAUAAGAACGUGGCCCGGAGCCUUCUGAUGGAGCGUGAUGCCUUGAAGCCCAACUCGCCCCUGACCGAGCGGCUCAUCCGCAAGGCGGCUACCGUCCACCUCAUGCAGUGAGCCAGCCUGGCUGCCUCCACCCUGCAGAACCUCAUUGGUGGCCUCGCUGCGUCCAGUCAGCUGCUCCACUGGGUUAGGGUCAGGAGAUGGCCGGAGCCUGUUUGUUAGGGCUGUUAGAGGGUGAUCUUCAGUUUUACAGGAAGUGGGUCACGGGUUAAUUUUAAAUGUGAUUCCGAAUCUCCAUUCAGUCCUCGAGAAGGGCCAAUGAGCAUUUUUCAGCAGUCACAGCCAGUGUGAGUGCUGCUCUUUCCAUCUGCCUUGCAAAUUCUGUUUCCCAGGGGAAUGUGUCUACUGCCUGGUGGUUCAAGGGUUGGAAGGUAGGGCAGAGGUGGGGGCUGAUUCCGCUGGGACGGGUCUCCCCCCCGCCGCCCGUCCCCAUCCCCACCAGGCUGCCCUUGGGAUGGACCUUUUCAUUCUUUUCUUUAUAUUCUAGACAGGCUCUGUUGUCUCAUUGUGUUGCUGUCCCAUUUUUCAGGUGAGGGUACCAGGGGUAGGGGAGUGGCCUGCCCAGGGUCACACUAGGAGAGGCCCCCACCUACCUGCUGCCUUUGGACUCAGCCCCCUGCUGCUGCAUCCACCACCCUCCUUACAGAUCAACGCGCACAUGGGGUCCUCCUGCUGUCUCUGGGGCGAGUCUUGGAGCCCCCUGGGGGGCUCUGCUUGUGCUGAUUUGGACCCGUUUCUCUUUUUAAAAUGCACAUCAUAACAGGGCUUCAUGUCGAACAUGAUUUUAAUCAUAAAUGCACUUCUGAGGUGCAAGGAUUGAGCUCAGAGCUGCUCUGUUGUGGCAAAACCCAAAGUGCUGUGAUGUGUGGCUGUCACAAGCCUGGAGCAGGUCCUGUGAGUGCUGCCUCUGUCUCACGCUUCCCCACUGAGCGCCUCCUGAAUGUGCCGCUGACUCAGCUGUGCUGCUUUCAGCCUUCCUGGGAGGGGCGGUCCCAGUGCACAGAUGUUUUUCACGUUCGUCAGUUUGUACUGAAAUUAGGGAUUCAUCGGGGCAGGAAGCAGGCAGGCCUCUUAGAAGGGAGAGGAGGCCUCCAAAUCUAUUGAGUCCCCACAGUUUGCUCAAGCCCAGGCAAAUUCCUGUGAUUAAAAUGAAGUAAUCAGUUCUUCCAA